GAGACAAUGUGAUAGAGAAGCCAUCAUAGGUAGUUGAUGAUCAGUGUCUUCGAAUCCCUUUCGCCCGAAGUAUGUCGCGGGUGAUUCCUCCUUACUCUCCCUCUGACUGGCACAUUAAGUGUCGAGUCAAAACACCGUCGGGUGGGAACUUCGCAUGCACUGUCUUGUGACGCAUGCGUGGCGGCUUCUGCGAUGUCCGUCUCGAAGAAGGAGAUAUGAUGCUUUCGUUGUAUAAUUGUUUUCUGUCUAUACAAACCACCUCGUGUCCCUUCCUCGAGGCUUUAUAUCCGCAUACUGAACGCCGCAUUUGAAGGGCGAUUGUUCCCCUGGGUUUAUAUUCAGCCGUUCUCACUCGAUUCAUCGCCCAUGGAGUCCCCCACCCCUUGCUUGCGAGUCACUCGACUAGCACUCAUCCACGCUGUCCUCGCAUACAUUUCACCUGAAUUCAACGUGAUGUCAUGUCUCCCUCUCGCAUUGCCCACCGAGAUCCGCCUUCGUAUUCUUACCUAUCUGCAUCUCACGCUUUCGGCCUCCUUGAUGGAAUCGCUCAGCCGCAGCCUACAGAACGCCCUCGACGACAUUUGUGAUAGUUGCAGAGCCUACAAUCUCCAGGUCUACGGUGAAAACAUGUCAGAGUGGCCUGAAAUCAGGGUCACUGGGGGUUGCUGGUGUGCUAAAAUUGGCGUGCACCUGCGGCCAGAGAUCGCUCGUGAUCGGUGUAAUUCCGACGUAUGCGUCGAUGCCAAAAUCCGCUCUCCAAUGGCUGACUCCGAUCCGCCGCCCUACUUCACUUUUCACCUCCGUCACAUUGCCGUAACCUAUCUAUCGACAACCUCACCCUCUCCUUAUAUGCGUGAAAUAGAGGGGGUGGUAACGUCGCAUGCAGGUGCCAGGGAGAUUGACGCCUUAGUCUCGAGGGUGCUGCGGCAGUUUCAUUGCUACAUCCCUCCCUCAAAAACCAGGGCAUGGAAUCUGGAAGACGAGCUUUGCAUCAUUCCGGUCUCUGAAGGUCGGUCUAACGACCGCUCUGAGGAUGAGAUAUUAUGCACGCUGCAGCUCAGCUUGGAGGUUGACCGGCACCGCGAUUUCUCAUCACGUUCAAAUCUUCAUCCGAGGAACAUGAAGUUCUCACUCCCCUUAAUAUCCCAUUCCUCUGAUUCAGAUUCGAAUGCCGCUUCUAGAUACAUCUCGCUCUUAUGCGGUGUGGGCCUGGCCUGCGUGCUAUUCAGUAUCAGUUAUGGCAGUCUGGCUGCCUGGUCGUAUUGACCUCCGCACACUCGCAUAUUCCAUUUCCGCGCAUACUUCCACAUCCGGCCUCUCCAGGAACGUAAUACCAUUUUCUGCUUUGGAGAUCAUAUUCUUGCAACUCCCAGAAGACCGUCCUCCUCCGUCUUUACCGCGAUCGACUCGAUGCGAUGUAUUCAUUAGAUUCGUUGCAGUACAUUAACACAUAUGAUCAUCCACUCUCUGUACGCUAUAUGGACCGUAGUUAACAUGCAUGCCCUUACCUGUACUUGUGAUAGACAAUAGAUUUGCCUAGUCACAGUAGCGUUGGCGGGGCGUCUUUCCUCGUCUAUUGCCCUGUAGUCGAGAAAAGUUUUAACGUCUGAAAAACACCUGUCAACUGUGAUAACCCCGAAUAGGUACUCCUGUAAUCGAUCACCUUUCUAUUGGGGUCGAUUGUUGCAGACAGUCGCCCUAUUGCCAGACGUAUUAAUACGUGCCGGCGGCUUAUAGAUCUAUAGUAUAUUGUUU